AUGCACGUGGCAGACCCCUGCGCAGGGGUCCUUACGAACCUCGAAGUCCUGGCGUUGCUUCGGCAGCAGCAGCGCCGCCUGCCCUCGCUGCAGUCUCUUCUCCUCAACCAUUCUUCGUCUUCCAACACGCACGCGGCGCGCGAGUCGGCACCAGGGGACCGGGAAGGUGUCUCCGGGGCGACUUCCGCGGCGCGGGCGGACCCAGCCGCAAGCGAUGCGCCCUCUGUGCUUCGCCCUGAAGCAGUCAAAACGUAUCUCCACCAGCAUAUGCUGAACUACACCCUGCAGGAGUACAUCCAGGCGACUUGCCCGUACCUCUCGCUUCUGGACACAGGGCCGCCUCAGCGACUGUCUUCAGAUAAGAGCCCAAGAGGCCAGCGUCCGCGCCCCGGAGCCGGCGUUCAACAGAAGAAACCCGCCCGUGCGGGGGACGACAAGUCCCACCUCCAGCCAGGAGCCGAGGGACCCGCGGGCGGACGCCUGAGUCGCAGUGGUAGCGCGGCUGGCGGGGUGGCUGCGCCGGGCGCGACUCGAGGCCUGCAAAAGCUGCUCGGGAGGCGCUUCUUCACCUGCGUCGGACCGUGCCUGGAGGUGCUGAGUCUCCGCUACGGCCUCUACCAAGGCGAACUUCUUCAGUUACUCAAUCUGGGGGCCUCGAGGCCUGUCGAAAUCUACGCCAUGGUAGAGGAAUGCGCCGUACGGCUCUCGGAGAACGAUGUUAACGAAAUUCUAUCCGUCAUUCAACACUACUUGGUUGACCACAAAACCAACCCGCUUCCCUACGCCCUUCCAGUUCCAGCGGCUUCUCGCCAGGCGUCGAACCCCGCGUCUCCUCCUCUGUCGUACGCGUACGCGACGGGCAUGUUGGGCUCCAGCGGCGCCUCUGCGGCUGCAGCCUCUUCGGCGCCUUCUGCGAACGCAGACGGUGACGACUGCGAGAUGGAGGACUCCGCAGACAGCAGUGCAGCGCGUUCUCUUGGUCCAGACGUUGGAGCCCACGGUGCGUCGCACGCGCAGAGCGCGUUUUCUGCUGCCGCGUCUCUCUCUCCCCGCCUGCUUGCGGCUACUACGGGCCGGGGAGCCUGUGAGGCGCCCAGGAGCAGCCUGUCGGGCGAGCCGAGGACCUUCCUCGACGCGCUUGCAGACUCCUCCGAGGGCUCUGCACGCCUCGUCUCGACGUCCGAUUACUGGGACGGCGCCGAGGCCGCCCCUGGCGCAGAUGGGGAGGGCGAGGAGCGUGAACCCCAACGCGGUCGGAAGGCGUCCAAGCGAGCAAGCAGCUCGGGGCGUGCGUCACGCACGCGAGCAACGCGCGGCUCGCGGAAGCGCGGAGUUUCGGCGGGAGAAGCCGAACGGGCGCCUUGA